UAUAGUACAAUAGGGUCCUCAAAAUCUCUUUAUAUAUCAACAACCAUGUAGUCAUAGUCUUUCAUAACCACCAAUUCUACCUCAAAUUUUUCAUGUUCUCAAAAACUACAAUGCCAUCAUCACUCUCUAUGGUUCCUCUCUUCUCUCUUUUACUCUCAUUCAUGAUUUGUAGUAAUAAUGCUGAGGGUCCACCAUCACCAGGCUACUACCCUAGCUCCAAAGUAAGCCCUACUAUCUUUGAUCGUGGAUUUAGAAACCUCUGGGGACCUCAGCAUCAGAAACAAGACCAAGGAACAUUAAAAAUCUGGCUUGACUCUACUUCAGGGAGUGGAUUCAAGUCGCUUAACUCUUAUCGAGCUGGAUACUUUGGUGUUGCGGUUAAGCUUCAAACCGGUUAUACGGCCGGAGUCAUUACAUCUUUUUAUCUUUCAAACAACCAAGAUUAUCCCGGAAACCAUGAUGAAAUAGACAUUGAGUUUCUUGGAACCACACCAGAUAAACCAUAUGUGUUGCAGACAAAUGUGUACAUAAGAGGAAGUGGAGAUGGAAAGGUUAUAGGAAGAGAGAUGAGGUUUCAUCUUUGGUUCAAUCCAACUCAAGAUUUUCACAACUAUGCUAUUCUAUGGAAAACUAGUGAGAUCAUAUUUUUUGUGGAUGAUGUUCCAAUAAGAAGGUAUCCUAGGAAGAGUGAUGUUACUUUCCCUUCAAGGUCAAUGUAUGUGUAUGGAUCAAUAUGGGAUGCAUCUUCUUGGGCUACUGAGAAUGGAAAAUACAAAGCAAAUUAUACUUAUCAACCUUUCAUUGGUAGAUACAAAGACUUCAAACUUCAAGGUUGUAGAACUGGUUCCGCCUCCUCAUCAUGCCGGCCACUUUCGGCCUCGCCUUCCGGCUAUGGCGGUAGACUCAGCCCUCAGCAAAAUGUUGCAAUGCAAUGGGUCCAAAAAAAUUACUUGGUGUAUGAUUAUUGUCGUGAUCAUACGAGAGACCACACACGUACUCCAGAAUGUUAAUUAAAGGUUGAUUUGUUUCAGUUCGGUUGAUUUUUAUAAUUACAUAUCUUACCAUAAUAUAUGGUUAAUGGAGUGAUUUUUGAGAUGGUGCUGCAUGUUUGUGCGUAGUAUUGUUACUAUAGUCCUAUUGGUGAUGAAAUAAAAUCUAUGUGGAUGCUUUUCUAAUAA